GUGGCAACCCAGGAUUUAACCCAGGAUUCUUCCAAGGCAACCAAGGCGGCAACGAUGGCAGCUGGCAAAACCCGCACGGCGCGAAGAGGCCUCGUCCUGAGUAGGGUUCAGAUUCGGAGCAUGCGAAUCACGUACCGACGCGCCUAUGCAUGCUGCCGCUUCCAGGAGAUCCAUUCUCGACAGCAGAGCAAGCAGAUUAUGAAUGCAAGUUGACGCAACGCCGUCUCGACGCGCUUGAGUGCAAACAUCUACGGAGUCUGCAUGGUCGUGCUCUUGGAGACAAGAUGUCUAAUGCGGCCCUAGACUGGAUGAUAGAGGGCACCUUUUUGACUGCAGUUCAAGCCUUCUAUGCGACACGCUGUGGGCUGAUGACCCACUUGGUAUUUGGUCCUUCUUUUCUCGGCGUUUUAAGGGCAACGGGGCAACUUCCAACAAUCAAUAUCUCUUCUUCACUUGUCUUAUUAGCUUUUUCUCUUGUUUUGUUGAAGGGAAUAGUAUAUCCUCUCGGAAUUUGUAAGCCUCCAUUUUGUUGGUACAUCCUUGUUUUGGAUGUUUCACACGAGUAUGUUUAGCUUAGGAGUUUUGCGGUUCCAUUUGGUACAUGGAGAAACAUGCGCUCGCAUUUUUAUUAUACUGGUUGCAACCCAAGUACUUUGCCCGAGAUCCGGCGCUAUCAUGUCGUGUUUUUACCGAACUGUUUUGGGCACGGAACACUUGUAUUAUUGUAUCUGGAAGAUGGUGUGUCUUGGGCGUUCGCAUGUGAGCAAUAAUUUCAUGACAAGUGGAAGAGACAAGGUGUGAUCACCAUCUGAAG